AUGGUGGUGAUUGUAUCAACUCCAUCUCAUCUUGAGAUUUCUGAAGCUGGAAGGGUUAAAGUUGACCUUCAAAAGGAAAUUGUUGUUGCUGACAUUCCAUACGAUGAUGCAACAACUGAUGACCAGCCUAUCCCAGAUGUUAGUGAUCAAUCAAAAACUGAUGACUAUGAAAGGUUUCUUGAUAUGGGAUUCAUGCCACAAGUUGUUAUUCCUGUUGUUCCUUUGAAUGUUGUCUACUUUGAUUCAUACUUUGAGUGGGAGAUUCCUCAAGGAACUAAUAGUGACAUUGAGUCUAAUAAUGAUCAGCUCAAUCCUCGAAAGAGGAAGGAUUCCUUCUCAGGGGGAGCUCAUGAUGCUGAAGUUGGAAGUCCUUCUAUUGGUAUAAUUGUUGAUGAAGUAAGAGAAAUCGUGAUAGAAAAUAAUGUUGUUAUUCAAGAAAGAAAAGAAACCAGAAAAGGAGAACAUUUGUAUGCAAAACUUGAUCAAGAUUUUACUUCCGCUAAUGAUAGUGUUGAUGUUCGAAGCACUAAUGAUCAAGUUAAUAAAAUUCAGCUCUUCAAUAAUAGUGUGCACAAACAAUACAGGUUUUUAGAGCUGAACCACGGGAUCAACAAAAAGAAGUUAGGAGAUGCUCUUACUCGUAGACCAAAGCAUGAUCCCAUCAUUUAG